CUCAAUUUUUCAUGGAAAAGCAUUAUUUUUUAAAAUCUUUAAUUCCAGAUGAAUUCGAGAACUUUUAUGAUUUCCAUGAUGACAUUUCUUCUCUUAAGCGUCACACUGUACACGCUCAUCGGAAUUUACGUCAUUGAAUGGGAAACCAGCACAAUUUCGUUGGAAUUGAUACUUCGGAAAUAUAUUUCUCACGGAAGGGGAAUGUUUCUUCUCUCAAUCGAUACAAAUUCCACUUCUGAGGCAGGUGGAAAUCAAUUAAUCGACAUUUUCUUCUUGAUUAAUUCCCUGACCGGAGUAUUCUGUCGUCAAUCCAUGGCAGUUUUUAUCAACGCUAUCAUAAUUCUAAAUGCCUUAAUCCUCUGGAGCUCCGUAAAAGGGUUCAAAACAUUGAUAGACCUUCAUAGUUCAGAUAAGGAUGGCAACAAGGACACAAAUUUCGCCACAGACUUCGAACUCAUCACGAAUUACGACGCUAUUAAGAAAUUAUCUAGCCUAAUAAAUGCGGCCAUGAGUCGUAUUUUCUUCCUCUUCGUGGGCGAGGCUCUUUUAUUUUACUCGACCAAUUUAAAUUCGCUAUUAGUUGGAAGUAGUAAGAUUGAUAAAUUUAGAAAGUCCAUCUACCUAAUUGAAUUCGUCUCCGUUCUUUUCCUCUGCGGGGAAAUUUGUAAAGUGUUGGAGGACGCGGUGGGGCAAUGGGCUUAUCAAUCAGUCGUCCUCGAUAGCACCAAUACUAUGAGCGGAAAAGGAUAUUUUAACGUUUUAAUUAAUGAGGCCAAGUCCCAUGUGUGCGGGAUAAACUGA